GGAAGAUCCCAUGCUGUGCUCGCGAGAUAUUGGCACAGACGUGGGAUUUCGGGAUCAGCGGUUGUACCUGUGGGGGUGACAUAAUAGGAAUUCCUUAAUAUGAGUGAUGAUAAACCUUUCCUAUGUACUGCUCCUGGGUGUGGUCAGCGAUUUACAAAUGAAGACCACUUGGCCGUCCACAAACACAAACAUGAGAUGACACUGAAGUUUGGUCCAGCAAGGAACGACAGUGUCAUUGUUGCUGACCAAACCCCUACACCGACGCGUUUUUUGAAGAACUGCGAGGAGGUCGGACUCUUCAACGAGCUCGCAAGUCCAUUUGACCACGACUUCAAAAAAGCUACUGAAGAUGACAUUAAAAAGUUGCCAUUGGAUUUGUCGCCGCUUGCAACACCCAUCAUACGGAACAAAAUUGAGGAGCACUCGGCUAUGGAGGCACAUCGAGACAGCCCACUGCCUCAUCCUGAAUCCACUACAAAUGAUGACAAGGACUUAUCUUUGCAGCCAAGCUCACUGCCAACAUCCACAAUAGUCCGCCCUGCAUCCCUCCAAGUUCCCAAUGUACUCCUAGCAACCUCAGAGGCUAGUGUUGUAAUACAGCAAGCUCUCCCAUCGCCAACAUCUAGCUCUGUUAUUACCCAAGUCCCAUCCACUAAUAGGCCUAUAGUCCCAGUGUCUGGCACUUUCCCCGUGCUCUUACAGCUCCCUAACGGCCAGACCAUGCCAGUUGCUAUUCCUGCAUCUAUUACAAGCUCAAGUGUACAUAUUCCAACUACGAUUCCUCUUGUCAGACCUGUCACCGUAGUGCCUAACGUCCCCGGGAUCCCAGGACCUCCCUCGCCACAGCCUGUCCAAUCAGAAGCCAAGCUGAAGCUCAAAGCAACGUUAAGCCAGCAGCUUCCUCAGGUAACCAAUGGAGAUGCUGGUGAUGUCCAGAGCAGCGCCGUAACCCACACUGCUGCUCCCACUUCUCCUCCAGCCCCGACCCUGCCCUUGACCCCUACCGCCGCCCCAACCCCGGCUCCAGCUCCACCUUCUCACCUGGCUGCACCUGAGGAGCCUUGUCCCCAGUCCCUUCAGCAGCCCGCCACCUCCACCACAGAGACACCUGCCUCCCCAGUGCCCCCUGCCCAACACACCCCAAGCACAGGCGGUCGGCGGCGCAGAGCCACAAGCGAAGACCCCGACGAGAAGCGACGCAAAUUUUUGGAACGCAACCGGGCUGCAGCUUCCCGCUGCAGGCAGAAGAGGAAGGUGUGGGUCCAGUCACUGGAGAAGAAGGCUGAGGACCUCAGCUCCAUGAACGGCCAACUACAGAAUGAAGUCACCCUGCUGAGAAACGAAGUGGCUCAGCUGAAGCAGCUUCUUCUGGCUCAUAAAGAUUGCCCUGUAACCGCCAUGCAGAAGAAAUCUGGCUAUCACAUCACUGAAAAAGAGGAGGGCUGCGAGGAGAUGUCGGUCCCCAGCAGCCCCCAGAGUGAGGCCAUCCAGCACAGCUCCAUCAGCACCUCCAACGGGGUGAGCUCCUCCUCCAUGACCCCAGCCGUCUCCGCCCCGGCCAGCUCCAUCGCCACAGCAACCCAGAGCACAGAGGAGAGCCAGCCACAGAGGGGCGCCACCCAGUCCCAGCCCUCGGGUAGCUGAUCAGUCUCACCGUGCCUCGGCGUCUGGCUGGAACGCUGUUGCCUCUACAAGCUCUCUGAAAAGAGAGGGAAGGAAUUGUCUCUCGGCUUCAGUUUGGACUCUACUGUUUUGUUUUGUUUUUUUCUUUUGUUUGGUUGGUUGGUUUAUUUUAUGUUUGGUCCAUUUUGUGUCCAUGAAAGGCAAUGUUCUCUUGAAAAUGCAAUGUUUCCUCUGGAAUCGAUGAAGACAAAAGUAAAGGCACUUUAAGUGUUUCGGUGAAGAUGUAAACACGUGGUUCUUAAAAAAAAAAAGUUUUUUCUUUGUCUUUGUCUGACUUAUUUAUUAAUCUUAUAUAUUUUUUUAUUUGCCUUAUAUGAACAGCAUAAAAGUUAAUCAGUGAAUUGUUAAUGAGACCUUACCAAAGUGUGUUGUGGCUCAUUUUGAAAUUUGUUCGCUUGUUGUUUUUCCAUGACCUUUUACAAGCACUAUCUUUAUGAUGAAACUUCAUAAGGAGCAGUCACUUUUAUGAUUUGCUUUUUCCAUUUUGCACAUUUUUGAGAGAUGACGGGUUUACCUUUUUAGAGUUUGACUGUUCACAUGUUAAAGUACUGGCAGCUUUUAGAAGUAGAUUUGGAUACUGUCACAUUACACAGAUGUAAAUGGCUGAAUCUCAGAUUUUAUGGACAACUUUUUUUCUGUGAGUGAGUAGUUUGGCUACAUCGGCUGUAGUUGCAUUGUGCGGUUUGAAUGUUUGCGGUUACCUCUGCUUGUAAAAUAGUCUUAACGAGGUAGCUUGGGUAGAAUUAUAUGUUAUUUCAUUAACAUUCCAUCUGUAGUCUGAUUGUUCCUGAAGCAGUGAUUGUAGGAUUGCAGUACAUUUUCCAUUACUCAAUCAUCUUGAUGUUAACUUAACUCUGUGCCAUUAAUGUUUUGUAUAAAUGACUUACAUUUUCAAUGCAGAUUAGCUUUGGGUUGAUAGAUAUUCUCUCAAAUUAAGGGUCUCAUGUACAUAGGUGCUUGAUAGAGGAAAAUAACUUGCUUUUCUAUACUGUUUCUGCUUAUUAAGUCACCGUUUAUUGCUUUACUGUCUGACCCAGAACACUCAAAGACAUAUUGCUGUUUUCUCUUGAUUGCAAUUCUAGAUUACAUUUUUAGAAAACAUUGUAAAUAACAUCAUUAAUGAUACAUUGUACGUGAUCUUUCUAGGUGUUAUGUACAUUGUUUUUUAUAGAAGAGUCUGGAUUGUGUAGCUGAGCCCUACUGAUCAGAUUUAUUCAGUUAGCAAUUUAAGACUGACCUUAAGGAUCAUUCAAUCAUUAAGAUAGGCCUCUCCCAGACUCAGUGCAUUGUCAUGUAAAAUCUGCAAAAGCAUUCAAAUGUGAACUGGAAUCAUUUGCUGCUCUGCCAUUCAACAAGUAACCUAAUGAGGAUGUAUAUUAAAGUAACACUACUUCUGCUUGUAAGAAUUGUGAACAUUUGACCAUUGAAUAACUGUAGGAUGCAAAUCACACCAUGGAAUCAAUUUGCCUUUUCUCUUAGACUGUACUGGCUUACUACUGUGUAGUUUUAUGAGAUGCUAACAACAUUGUUUUCUUAAAAUAUUGGUUGUUUUUGUUAGUUGUUUUUUUUUUUAUUAUUAUUAUUCUGUCACUGUUAUGUGCUAUCUGCAUGAGAUAAUAAUUCUCUGCGAGAAUUUAACUGUUCAUCCAGUAAUGUCUCAGUCAGAUAAAUAUAAUUGAACAAGUUGUCUCAACUUGAGUUGUGGCUUUUAAGUUUCUGAAAGCUUUUUUUGUUUUACCUCAGCUUAACUGCUUAAAGGGGGUGUGAUACUGUGUUGGAAGUGAACUUGUAACUUGUGAAAGUUCUGUAUAAAAUAUGAUGAAUUGAUAAGAUGUUGUAAUAAACCUUUUAAUAUCUCUUUAAAUCCA